AACAUGGAGGAAAUGACUAUGUAGAGUAAACUUCACUUUCUCUUAUUCACUGUAGUUUGCGGAUUCGUCGUCCCCAGGGUCGACCGGUAAAUACACCUGGACACUGUUUUCCUUGGUGUCGACAGGCCUAUUGUUGAAUCAUCUAAGUGGUCGCCGGAGCAGCCGCGGAAACAGCGAGAAGCGUUUAUGACAGCGCUCUGCAUGUGCUUGUUGAGACAGCUGUGAGUGGCAGUCAGUCUGGCUGUGUUGAGCCAGUGGAGAUGGGAGCCAAUACCAGCCAGGUCAGCGACCUUUCUGAGAACCCCAGCCUCAAGACUUUGGUCGGCACCGAAUCUAUAUCAGAGAACGACCCUUUCUGGAACCAGCUCAUCUCAUUUACCUUCAUCAGUCCCACCUGCAGUGGAGAUUCUAAGCUCUUGGAGGAAGCUGUUAUUCCCCUGGCAAAGACUCUCAUUGAAAACAAUCCAAGAACGGGGAAUUUCGGUGCCCUUGUGAGGAUUUUUCUUGGACGAACCAAAGAGCUGAAAAUCUCGACAGAAUGUCAGGAUCAAUUGUUCAUCUGGCAGGCCCACAAUGCUCUUUUUAUGAUUCGCUGCUUGCUGAAGGUGUUCAUCCGGGAGAUGAGCGAGGAGGAGUUGCACCUACAGUUCUCCUACCAGGAGAGGGUGCCAGGCUCCUGUGGAGAUUCUGGCGACGAUGACCUUCUGGAGGAGCUGUUGUCAAACCUCAUUCACCUGAUAGUUGAAGUGCCCCUGCUGGACAUCACCUACAGCAUCCUGUUUGAAGCUGUGACCACACUGCUGGUGUUCUUCUCAUACCAAUUAUUCUACAAAGACAUCCUGAGAGACAGUUUAAUAUAUCAGCACAUCAUGAAGGGACGAUGUUUAUCUCUCACGAGUCGGCUGGUGAAAACCCUGCUGUACAACUUCAUCAGACAGGAAAAAUGCCCCCCUCCAGCAACCCACAUCUUUGAGCCGAAAUCAGAAGGCGGUCUGCUUUACGGCCUGGCAUCCGGUGUCGCAAGUGGUUUGUGGAGUGUCUUUACAUUGGGGGGAGCUGGCAGCAAAGCAGGAGUGGAACAGGAACACAAUCCUUUACCUUUGUCCAAUCAGAGCCUCUUGUUACUGCUGGUCCUUGCCAAUCUGACAGAUGGACCUGACUGGCCAAACCCCUACCGCCAGGCAAUCAUGUGUUUCAGAAACACACAAGACACAUUGUCGAUGCCUGCGGAGCAACCUCACACUUUCCAGAUCAAUUUCAACAGUCUGUACACAGCGCUGUGUGAGCAGCAGCACUCCGACCAGGCCACACUUCUGCUCUACACCCUGCUCCACCAGAAUGCCAACAUGAGGACGUAUAUGCUCUCCAGAACCGACAUGGACAAUCUGGUUUUGCCCAUUCUGGAGAUCCUCUAUCAUGUGGAAGAAAGAAAUUCCCAUCAUGUCUACAUGGCCCUCAUUAUCCUGCUCAUUCUUACAGAAGAUGAUGCAUUCAAUCGCUCCAUCCACGAGGUGGUAUUAAAGAACAUUUCAUGGUACACAGAGAGGUCAUUGACUGAAAUCUCACUGGGUAGUUUGCUCAUUCUUGUUGUGAUUCGCACCAUCCAGUUCAAUAUGACUCGGACAAGGGAUAAGUAUCUUCACACCAACUGCCUUGCUGCACUAGCAAACAUGUCAGCGCAGUUUCGGUGUCUCCAUCAGUACGCUGCUCAGCGCAUCAUCAGUUUAUUCGCUUUGCUUUCCAAAAAGCACAACAAGGUCCUGGAGCAAGCAACACAAAGUCUGAGAGGGAGACAGGGAGACAACACAGCCUUGCCCGACUAUGCUCAGGACUUGAAUGUGAUCGAAGAAGUCAUCCGCAUGAUGCUUGAAAUCAUCAACUCCUGCCUGUGCAACUCUCUCCACCACAACCCCAACCUGGUUUACGCGCUGCUCUACAAGAGAGAACUCUUUGAGCAGUUCCGGACUCACCCAUCCUUCCAGGACAUCAUGCAGAACCUGGACACGGUGAUCGGCUUCUUCAGUCAGCGUCUGGAGCAGGCAGGAAGUGACCUGUCCGUGGAGAGGGUUCAAGAGGUCAUCAUGAAAGGCGCCCAGGCUCUGCCUAAAGACAGACUGAAGAAGUUCCCAGAGCUCAAAUUCAAGUACGUUGAAGAAGAUCAGCCCGAGGACUUCUUCAUCCCUUACGUCUGGUCCUUGGUCUUCAACUCUGCAGUCGGCCUCUACUGGAGCCCACAAGGCAUUGAGCUCUUCAGCAUGGACUCCGGCUAAGGCCCUCCUCACCUCGGUGUGCAGUGCGAGUGUGCUCGUCCUUGUUCAGUGGAUCAGCCAGACUGGCGGUGUGCGCAUCCAUGUGCAUAUUAGCCCUUCUAUCACGUUCACGCUGCUUUGGAAGUGCCUCGACCUUGUACAGGAGUCUUUUGAAAUGCAGCCUGUUUCCCUCCUCUUCCUCGUUCUCCUCCCGCUUCCUCACUGUGAAGCUUUGGCCUUUCAGAGCUCUUGCAGUGUUUGAGUGGGACACAGGUGGCGGCUUAUACUGUAGGUCUGUGAGUCAUUCAGCGUCUGAAAAUGAAGAAUCUGAUAUGAUGAAACUGUAUUUUUGUCAUGGCAUUUCUUAUUUAAAUCUACAAUACCCUAAAUUGGUAAUUUAUAUAACAAUUGCUCAAAAACGUCAUUGGAAAAUCUGAAUUUACUUUUUUUUUUUUAUGUAUAUAUAUUUUUUAUAUCUGAUAAACUGCCUGAAUCUGAAAUGACAAAUGUGGGUUUAUGACGCCCUGAAUGCUGCAUGCAUCAACCACAAAGCAACCCCUUAAACCAACCAACAAAGUGUUAAGUUUGGUCUUUGAUUUGCAAUAUUUGUUUUAUUGUGUUAGAUUCUUCAACAGUGGGGAUAGAGGAAAUCCUUUCAUUUGAAUACCAAAUGACCAACUGAUACAUACCUCUCGUCUUUCCACGUACAGGUCACUCACGUGUUCACCCUGGCUAUUCACCUCUGCACUGAAUCUUCAAUGAUACUAUGAAUAGCUCUCUAGUGGGCACCACUCCCGUAUGAUUUGCUCGGACGGUAGCUUAUAAAUACAGAACCGUCUCCUCAGUUUGCUAGCGAUGAAAGCAUCUGUUCAGACGUCAUCCAUCUGAGCUUCAUGAUUUUGGUUUUGUUUUUUGUUUUUUUUUCCCCUCUCUCUCUCUGUCUGGGUGAUGUUAGCAGCUGCACCUUCUGCUGUUGAGCCUUCCAGUUGCUUCCAGCUUUAUUUCUGUUUUUGCUACCCAUGGUGACUUGGAGAGAGACAAAUAGUUGAACCCUUGUCUCCUCAAUUGGUCGCUUUAUUUGCAUGUUUGUAUAAGUUAUUUAUUUCCGUGUGUAUUGGGUUUAUAUAUAUAUAUAUAUAUAUAUAUAUAUAUAUAUAUAUAUAUAUAUAUAUAUAUAUAUAUAUAUAUAUAUAUAUAUAUUGUAGUAUUCAGUUACUACAGUUAAUUGAAAAAAGCAAAGGUACUGAAGUCUUUCCAGGUGGGAAGUGGAGUUAUAUUAUUGAAAUAUAAUGUCAAUUAUGACAGUGGUUAAUACCUUUUGACUUUGGAAAUAGUAAUUAAAAUAAAAUGUUGAAGCUAUUUUAGUCCCCUGUUGUUAAUGUGAAGAAUCCUGAUCUCAAAGUUGUGCUUUGUUUUGACGUGUCUUGGUUCGUUGAAUGCUGAAGUGCCCAUCUCAAAUUUCAUUUAGCGCAUGAGUAUGCGAAGCAGUUAUUAAUUUAGAAUAUGUCGAUAACCUGGUUUCUGAGGAUUAUGACUUAUACAACCACAGCCCUGCUUUUACCCUCCAAUUCACGCCUGACCAUGGACAGGAUUUUGUUGCAUGUUAAUAAUUUAAAUGGGGUUAACGAUUUAAAGAUUUUAUUUUUAUCUGGAUCAAAAUGGUUUCCUUCACUCAAACCACUUAAAAACACAAACCUGAUGAGAUUGUCAGUCAAGCUUGAAAGGGCUGCGAAUAGAACCAUCAGAACCAGCUUCCAUAAUCAGCUAUGCGGCCUCUUGCUCACGACUCAUCAUGAGUAAGGGGCAGCAGAAAGACACGCGAGGCCACUUCUGAGGGGAAAAGUUUACAGCACAAAGGCAACACUGUGUCCCUGAGCUCCCACUCUCCGGGAGAAUUCCAUGUUUUUUUGAGUGUGUGUGUGUGUGUGUGUUUUUUAUUGUCUCAAAUGUAUCAAUGUUAAUGCCUGAAAUUCUCCUUCUCUGCAUUUAUUUGCGGUUUUCGUGGCGAGGUCAUUGUGAGGUUACGGCAUCAGUUUUGCGAGGCCCGCGCUCACCUGCUUGAUAAUGGCAGAUGGCUGAGCACAGGUUUACAAAGUGACAUGGUUCUCCUUGUUCCGGCGGUGAUGAUGGUGAGAAAGGAGGGAGGGAGGGCGAGGACAGGAGGUCAUUUUACCUCCAGCUCCCGUUUCAGGUGACAGCAGGAAGAUGGAUGAAGCAGGGGAUGCUGGGAUGGCUAGUUAAUUUUUUUUUUUUAGAGUCUGCUACAUUUUCCCUCAAGGUCUCAGCGAGAAUGUAUUGCGGCGCGCCGUGACCCCAGAGCCAGAGGUGGAGCUAGAGAGUGAUAUACGAAGGAGGGCACACGAGACCAGUUUGCUGGUGUGGUUCUCCGCUCACGACUGGUUCAGCCCCACUGACACAGAGCUCAUUAAUAUGACAGAUUACUGGGACAAUUAUGGAAGGUGGGAAGCAGUUUUAGGGUGAGGUCGCGGGGAGCUGGCGGCUGUGGGUCACUCGUCUGCAAACCUUCGGAGGGAAGAACUGGCAGAGUUCUCCCAUCUAUGCCAAAACAUAUCUUAUAAACAGGAGGCUGCAUCAAGCACCAUAACUAUGCACUGCAAGAUGGACAGAAAUCUGUCCUGAUGUUCCCCAAAGCUCGGUGGGAAUGAACGUCAGCAGUCGGAAAAGGUCCAAGAUUAAGGCACCAAGUCAGGCUGGGUCUAUGUGUCUGUGUGACACGGAAAGGUUUUUGUUUUUACUGAGAGAGUCAAGGAUGCCGGUCUGAAGGACGACAUUUAGCUCAACUUACAUGGGGCCAUCGCAGGUCCCUCCAAGUAUCCCACAAAAUAUGUUUGAAGUACAGUCAGAGCAAAAGUCAUUGGAUCCAGGACUCCAGACAGUUACUCCCAUUGAAAUGAAUGGAAAUACAAUGAAUCCAGCCCAGCAGAGACAGGGACUCAAGUGUCAAGUGGACACAGGUUGCACCUCAGUCGCACCUGUCAGUGACUUGACUUGGAUUCAAGGGCAAAUGACUUGUAAUUUGGGACUCUCAAACAAUAUCCAGUUUGUGUGGUUCUAUUCUGUUCUCAUGCUUGAUUCCCUGAAGCUCAUACGCAGCGUAAUGUAACAGGUCCAGUCGGCCACUGACAGUAUGCCUACUGGACCGGUUGCUGUGGUUCCCUUCCCAAGGUCAUGUUCAGCUUGAUGACCCAACGCUCUUGUCUUGAGUCCGCCAUCUUUGUGCCCCACUCAUUUGCCACCACUCGGAGGGUGUUUCCACCCGAGCCACUCAAUCCAUCUAUAAAGUAGUUUGUGGUUUUACUACAAGACGAACAGCCCCGGACAAAGACUCGCUGCUUCUCUGUUUGCUGCCAGGACUAUUUAGAGAUAAUCGUAUAUUGACCCAGAUCAGGAGGACUCAAGCUCCAAGUCACUUUUGUAUUUCCUUCAAGAAUGAACCUGUUCGGCAGUCAGAUCUGAAGUGAUGGGUUUUUUAAGCUGGAAAAAGUCAUCAUCUCCCUGAGCACAUUGUCUUGUCUCAGUCUUGUGGCACUGUGACAUUUACCAACAUGGGCUUUCCUGCUGGUUUCUCACUCAAUAUCAGAUGAGGUUUUUUCAUUAAAGUGGUCCUACUUUCAUUGCCCUGAUGUGGAAUCAUUCCUCAUCUUCUCACCGCAGUUCAGAUGGAAUCAGCCUCCAUAAUUGCAUAUGCAUGACCUCUUGUCUGGGAGCAGCCAGCGCAUCGAUAGAUGAUAGUAAAGGCCAGAGCUGCUAUCUGGAAUAUUAAUCAUUUUGUCUAUCCCUGUAACGUAGCUCUGCUGAGCCCGUGUUCUCGCCAUAAGCAGGUCUGCGCGGCCCUGGAGAGUUCACAGCAGAGGGUUUGAACUUUUGAAUGUAGCAGUCAACAAAUAUG